AUGAAAUUUAUUGCCUACCAAGACUGUACUAUUACACUACACCACUACUACUCUUACAGAAAUACUAACACACAAAAAUCUUUUUUAACAAGAAAAAACACUGAAAUAAAUACUCCUCAUUACAAUGGCAGCUGCUCAACUCCUUCCAUUUAUUCAUCCUCCUAUCACCUCAAACUAACCCACAUUCACAUUCAUAUUUUCUCUCUCUUCUUUCUCUUUCUACUGUUGAUAACAUACGAAAGGGUUCAGUCUUGAGAGAAGACGUGAUUUUGUUAUAGUAAUGUGGAAUUCCGGGGCGGAGAACGUGUUUGCAAGAUCGGAGUCGUUUAGAGAAGAAGGAGAGGAUGAAGAGGCGUUAAGAUGGGCUGCACUUCAGAGACUUCCGACGUACACAAGGGUACGUCGUGGAAUAUUCCGGAAUGUUCUAGGUGAUAGUAAGGAGAUCCAUGUUUGUAAGCUUGAAGCUGAUGAACGUAAGGUUGUCUUGGAUCGUCUUUUUAGCUCUGUUGAGAAUGAUCCUAUGUUGUUCUUCGAUCGAAUGCGCCGCCGUUUUCAAGCGGUAGAUUUGGAAUUUCCGAAGGUAGAAGUUCGCUUUCUGAACUUGACAGUAGAGUCAUAUGUUCAUCUAGGAAGCAGGGCGUUGCCAACAAUUCCAAAUUUCAUUUUCAACAUGUCUGAGGCUCUCUUAAGGAAGUUGCAUUUGUUCCCGGGCAAGAGGAAAAAAAUUACCAUAUUGGAUGAUAUCAGUGGAAUAAUCAGACCUUCUAGGUUGACCUUGCUAUUAGGCCCUCCUAGUUCUGGGAAGACCUCUUUGCUGUUAGCUCUUGCAGGACGCCUUCCACCUGGAUUGCAGAUGUCAGGGAGAAUCACAUAUAAUGGGCAUGAUCUCCGAGAGUUCGUUCCUCAGAGGACAUCAGCAUAUGUAAGCCAACAGGAUUGCCAUAUAGCAGAGAUGACUGUUAGGGAAACUCUAGCAUUUGCUGCACGUUGUCAAGGUGUUGGAAGCAAGUACGAUAUGCUUUUGGAGCUUGCAAGAAGAGAGAAGCAAUCUAGACUAAAACCUGAAGAAGACCUUGACAUAUUUAUCAAGGCUAUGUCUUUGGAUGGAAAAGAUACAAGCCUUCUUGUGGAUUAUAUACUAAAGAUUUUAGGUUUAGAUAUAUGUGCGGACACUCUUGUUGGUGAUGAGAUGAUCAAGGGGAUUUCUGGUGGCCAAAAGAAGCGGCUCACAACAGGUGAAUUAUUAGCAGGACAAUCUCGAGUGCUGUUUAUGGACGAAAUAUCAAAUGGUCUUGAUAGUUCAACUACUUACCAGAUUAUCAAGUAUCUCAAGCAUUCAACCAGUGCACUUGAUGGAACCACAGUGAUCUCGCUCCUUCAGCCUGCUCCAGAAACCUUUGAGCUGUUUGAUGACGUUAUACUGUUAAGUGAAGGUCAGGUUGUUUAUCAAGGACCACGCGAUUCUGUUCUUGAUUUCUUUGCAUCCAUGGGAUUUAUUUGUCCUGAAAGGAAGAAUGUUGCAGAUUUCCUGCAAGAGGUCACAUCAAAGAAGGACCAACAGCAGUAUUGGUCUGAUCUUUCUCGCGCAUAUCAAUAUGUUCCUGUAGAAAAAUUUGCACAAGCAUUCCGGUUUUUUUCAGUGGGGAGUAAUCUGUGCCGGGAUCUAUUUACACCUUUCAAUAAGUGGAAUAGUCAUCCUGCAGCUUUAUCAACUUCUCCAUAUGGUGUCAAGAAAUGGGAACUUCUUAAGAUUGGAUAUUCGUGGCAGAAGCUCCUAAUGAAAAGAAACUCUUUCAUCUAUGUCUUUAAGUUUAUACAGCUUCUUUUUGUUGCUACCAUUACAAUGACAGUAUUUUUCAGAACAAAGAUGCACCAUAAUACAGUUGAUGAUGGAGGCCUCUACAUUGGUGCACUCUACUUCUCCAUGGUUAUAAUUCUUUUCAACGGAUUUACCGAGGUCUCCAUGUUAGUGAUGAAACUUCCAGUUCUCUACAAGCAUAGAGAUUUGCACUUCUAUCCUUGUUGGGUUUAUUCUAUCCCUUCUUGGCUCUUGAGCAUUCCUACUUCACUAAUUGAAUCCGGUGUUUGGGUGAUUGUCACAUAUUUUGUGAUUGGCUAUGAUCCCAACAUUAUAAGAUUCUUCAAGCAGUUCUUGAUUUACUUUCUCCUGCAUCAGAUGUCUUUAGGACUUUUCCGUGUGAUGGGAUCCUUAGGUCGAAGUAUGAUUGUGGCCAACACAUUUGGAUCCUUUGCCAUGUUGGUUGUGAUGGGUCUAGGUGGAUACAUCAUUUCAAGAGAUAGCAUCCCCCGUUGGUGGGUUUGGGGUUUCUGGGUUUCUCCCCUCAUGUAUUGUCAAAAUGCAGUUUCUGUGAAUGAGUUCAGUGGUCAUUCUUGGGAUAAGCCUGUUGGGAAUACAAGACUCGGUGAAGCAGUACUGAGAUCAAGGAGUUUGUUCACGGAAAGCUACUGGUAUUGGAUUGGAGUAGGCGUAAUGGUUGCAUAUACAGUCUUGUUCAACGUCAUGUUCACAUUCAACCUUAAUUACCUUCAUCCCCUUGGAAAGAGACAAGCUGUAAUUUCUAAUACCGAAUUCAUAGAGAGGGAAAGGAAGAAGAGGGGUGAAACUGUGGUCAUCCAGUUGAGAGAAUUUUUGCAGCAUUCAGGCUCAUUAAAUGGAAAACCAUGUACACAAAGGGGGAUGGUCCUACCAUUUCAACCACUGUCAAUGUCAUUCAGUAACGUCAAUUACUACGUGGAUGUUCCUUUGGAGAUGAAACAACAAGGCGUAUCAGAAGAUAGAUUACAGUUGCUGGUUGAUGUCACCGGAUCUUUCAGGCCUGGUGUUCUCACUGCAUUGGUGGGUGUCAGUGGUGCUGGUAAAACAACCCUUAUGGAUGUAUUAGCUGGUAGAAAAACUGGAGGAUACAUAGAAGGAAGUAUAUUCAUAUCGGGUCAUCCCAAAAAGCAAGAAACAUUUGCAAGAGUAUCUGGCUACUGUGAACAGAAUGAUAUUCAUUCCCCGUGCUUAACUGUUUUGGAAUCACUUCUGUUUUCUGCUUGGCUACGUUUAUCAUCCGAAGUUGACUUGCAAACUCAAAAGGCUUUUGUAAAUGAAGUUAUGGAGCUUGUGGAACUCACUUCCCUGAGUGGAGCAUUGAUUGGUCUACCUGCUGUUGAUGGUUUGUCAACAGAACAAAGGAAGAGGUUAACAAUUGCCGUCGAAUUGGUUGCUAAUCCAUCAAUUAUUUUCAUGGAUGAGCCAACAACCGGAUUGGAUGCAAGGUCUGCAGCCAUUGUGAUGAGAACUGUGAGGAACAUCGUAAACACUGGUCGAACAAUUGUCUGCACAAUUCAUCAGCCAAGCAUAGACAUUUUUGAAUCAUUUGAUGAGCUUUUAUUUAUGAAGCGUGGGGGGCAAGUCAUAUAUGCUGGCGCACUCGGACCAAGAUCUUGCAAACUUAUUGAUUAUUUUGAGUCAGUGGAAGGGGUGCAGAAGAUCAAGCCUGGUUAUAACCCCGCAGCAUGGAUGCUUGAUGUUACUUCAAUGGCAGAAGAAGCAAGCCUUGAUGUAGACUUUGCAGAAAUCUACAAAAGUUCGCGGCUAUUUCAAUAUAACAAAGAGUUGGUUGAUCGUCUCAGCAAACCACCUAGUAACUCUAAAGAUAUAACUUUUCCAACCAAAUAUUCUCGAUCAUUCUUUGAUCAGUUCCUGACGUGUCUCUGGAAGCAAAAUCUAUCUUAUUGGCGGAAUCCUCAGUACACAGCAGUUCGUUUCUUCUACACCGUUAUCAUCUCACUGAUGCUUGGAUCAAUAUGUUGGAAAUUUGGCUCUAAAAAGGAAACUCAGCAGGACAUUAUUAAUGCAAUGGGAUCGCUGUACGCAGCAGUACUUUUCCUCGGAAUUACAAAUGGAACAGCAGUUCAACCUGUUGUUUCCAUUGAAAGAUUUGUUUCCUACAGAGAGAGAGCUGCAGGGCUGUAUUCAGCUUUACCGUUUGCAUUUGCACAGGUAGCAAUAGAGUUUCCUUAUGUUUUUGUGCAGACAAUCAUUUAUGCAGCAGUUUUCUACGCCAUGGCUGCAUUUGAAUGGACAGCUUUGAAGUUUAUUUGGUAUAUGUUCUUCGCGUUCUUCACAGUACUAUACUUCACCUUUUUCGGAAUGAUGACUACUGCUAUAACACCCAAUCACAAUGUCGCCGCCAUAAUAGCUGCUCCAUUCUAUAUGCUAUGGAACCUCUUCAGUGGCCUCAUGAUCCCUUACAAGAGAAUUCCUGUAUGGUGGAGGUGGUAUUAUUGGAUCAACCCGGUGGCCUGGAGUCUUUAUGGUCUUCUUACCUCACAGUAUGGUGAUGAUAACACGCUGGUGAAGUUAUCAGACGGGGUUCGCUCGGUACCUAUAAGCCAGUUGCUGAAAGAUGGUUUAGGGUUCAGGAAUGAUUUUGUGGGCAUUGCCGGUAUCUUGGUAGCCAGUUUCUGUUUGUUUUUUGCUGUCAUUUUCGCUUACGCUAUAAAAUCAUUCAACUUCCAGAAAAGGUGAUAGAACACUCUACAAUCAGCUCUUACAGAGACAUGUAAUGAGUAAUCUGUAUAGCAAAUCUACAUACAUAUAGGCCAUUGAUUUUAUACUUUGGGACAUAUUGAUUACAAUUUGUUUUGCAAUGUUGGAAGGAAAUAAAUAUGCAUUUCAGACCCCUCCAAUAUCAGUAUAAUAAAAAAUUUCUUAAA